UUAUUAUUAUUAUUUUUCCUCCUAAAGAAAGUUUUUUUUGCUUGAUAACAACCAGCCGCAUCGGCUGCUGAAAAGUUUUGGAAACCUUCGCUCAGCCCUUGCUUUAUUUUGGACUGGAUUUCCAACACCAUGAACUUUAUUGACAGUUUGACUCUAUUAUUUUUGACGCUGUCAGCUGUCAAGAGUGCCCACAUACCGGAGAAAGCAGAGAGAGGUCCACAUGACGUGAUCCCCUUGAUGGAGGUGUACAACAAGAGUUUGUGUCAGCCCCGAGAGGUGCUGGUGGAUAUCCUGCAGGAGUAUCCAGAGGAGGUGGAGCACAUCUUCAUCCCGUCCUGCGUGGUUCUGAAGCGCUGCGCCGGCUGCUGCAGCGACGAGAUGCUACAAUGCACCCCGACAGCCACCUAUAACGUCACAAUGGAGAUUAAAAGAAUAAAACUCCAAAGGCAACAAAAUGACAUUUUCAUGAGUUUUACAGAACACAGCGCAUGUGAGUGUAGGUUAAAGACAGAAGUCCGAGAAAAGAAAGAAAAAAAACCCCGGACAGGCAAAGGCAAAGGCCUAAAGAGAAAGCGAAAGAAAAACCGUGACAAAACAAUUCACGAUGCUGUCUGUGAGCCAUGUUGUGAUAACUGCGCAGAGAGGAGAAAGCGUUUGUUUGUGCAGGACCCUUCAACCUGCCGGUGCUCCUGCAAACACACAGUUGAAUACUGUAAAGAACGCCAGCUAGAGCUCAACGAGAAGACCUGCAAAUGUGACAAGCCGAGAAGAUGAGAGAGGUGCCAGCACCAGAUGUACAAGAUGAAGGAACAUUUUAAAGAUAUUUCACAGCACAGCACUUUGACCUUUAUACCCUAAGCUCUUUUCUUUGGAAAGCAUUCCCCCCGGACUGACAGAACAAAGAGAAAGACUGAAGUUUCCUCCCUCUGUAUAUCUGUGUGUAUAUAGAUCACAUUAAAAGAGAAAAAAAAGUACAGAUUUGUUAUGCUGCUACAGAAACAAAUAACUAAACCCAUCAUUUGACUAAAAAGCGAAGUAGCCGUCAUGUGGUUUUGCAUUUCUAACAGGCUUUCGACGCAGAUGUGGUCUUAUUGUCAAUUCGUUGUGCGAGAUACUUCACUGGAUACGAGUCUACUGUGGUUGUACGUCAGUCAUAACAAGCAAAACCUCUAGAUAUAUUUAACUUCUAAAACGGCGGGUGAGACUGAAGAAGACGUGGGUGUGCUUUGCUUUCUGAGAUGAUGGUUGGACUUUCGUUGGCUGACACGCUUGGAGAAAACGGACACGACAAACGGGACGGAAAACUGUCCCUGCUCGAGAACGCUUCCCUCUGAGGACAUUUGCAGGACUCCUGUGGACUCUCUCAUGCCGACGACGCUGCGCUCGGACGCUGCGCUGCGCUCGGACGGGACUCUAGAAUGACGGUGCCAUAUACUUUCAAAGGGAUACUGGUCGUUGAUAUAGCAUUUAAUGUUUUGCGAUGUGCUACAAGAAAACCACUGAAAAUAUCCUAUAUACUGUAGUUUGAUUCCAUUUGAAAACUGUGCCUGACACAAUGUACUGAGAAAUCCUUUGAGUGCUUUUUAAAUUAUUUUUUUUGCUUCCUCUUCAAAGAGGAGAUUGUCAAAGUUGUUUUCUUUAUGGAACACUACAAAUUCAUUGAUUAUACAUCGUCUCUGUCCUUGUACAUAGUCAAUAUCCCUUUAUGCCAUCGUCCAUUCUAGAUAAUUUAUAAUGUUAUAGAGUAUUUUUCAGUAUUCAGUCGUGUACACAUAUUUAAUUUGGUCUAUUUAUGUAUGCUGUGUUAUGUACUUGUAGCUGUCUUUUUUUUCCAUAUGUGUAAGGUCACUGAUGGUUAUGCUCAGCAUGGAGGCUCUCUGUGCUUUUCUAUAAAACCAGUUUAAAAAAAAAAAAAAUCAAAAAUGAUAUGUUAACAUUCCCUAAAUGGAUUAUUUGUACUGCCUUACCAAUGACAUCUCUAUUUCAAGCCCUUGUCAUCUAAGGGGGGCAAGUGCCAUGUAGAGUUUUAACUUUGAGUGUGUCUGGUAUGAAUGUGUGGUCGAAUGAAAGUGUUCACCUGCCCGUAGGAGUUACUAAAUUGUAUUUAAGAAAGUAACAAGUUUGUGUUUUGUUCAUUGUGCAAAAUGGAAUUACUCUACUACAAUAAACUACUGCUAGCAGCUAAGUACACACUACCAUAGCACAACCACAAAUUUAAAAAAAAUUGGAUCUCCAUUCUGACCGCCAUCAGUCUUAGAGCCUCUAUUAUAAGAUAUUUUUUGUGUCUUCUACACUUUUAACAUGUUUUUUUUGUGCCUAUGUAAAACAGUAAAGCAUAUUUAUUUUCAAAUCA